UCGCCUCAAGCGAUGUAAUCAACGAUCUGUAAAAACAAGAUUACGUCGAAAGCUUCUGCAAUUAUACGCAUUAUACGAUAUUUUAACUAAAAAUGUUUGUCAAAAAGAGCGACGGUUUUGGGUAAGGAUGAUAUUUAGUGACCAGCAACGUCUACUGCAAGAAGCGAGCAAUAAUUUAAUAAAAGAGAUGGAGCAAAAUGAUGAAGAAAAAUUUAGGAACUACUUUCGGAUGGACUUUGUCGUUUUUAGGAAACUAUUUGAUUUAGUGAGGCCAUUGAUAACGAAGAACAGUAAUGUCAGAAAAGCAAUCUCAGCUGAAACACGUUUGCACAUAACUGUGCGGUACCUCGCUUCCGGAGAUAGCAUGGCAUCCAUCUCGUAUGCUUUUCGCGUUGCUCACAAUACUGUGUCAAAAAUAAUUAAAGAAACGUGUGAUGCAAUUUGGUCAGUUUUAAAGGAAAAAGUAUUUAUGAAGGAUACCCCGGAGAGUUGGCAAAAAAUUGCCCAAGAUUUUGAUGACGUGUGGAAUUUCCCAAACUGCAUUGGCUGUGUCGACGGCAAGCAUGUAGAAAUACAGGCUCCGCCAAACAGUGGGUCACUUUAUUAUAAUUAUAAAGGGCGUCAUAGUAUUAACCUUAUGGCUAUCAGUGAUGCAAAGUAUAGGUUUAUUAUGGUCGAUAUCGGAGCACAAGGCAGAAAUAGUGACGGAGAGUUUUCCGAAAUAGUAUAA